AUGGAUAUCAUAUUAGGGAUAAGAGUAUCAGAUGCGACAUUGAUUGCCACUUCGAAAGCGGCAACUAGAGGUAUAUCCAUCUUGAAAGACAACGAUGACAAAACCAGACAUCUCAAUGCCCACAAUUUGAUUGCAUUCACUGGAGAGGCGGGUGAUACCAUACAAUUUGCCGAAUACGUUCAAGCUAAUAUUCAAUUAUAUUCAAUGCGUGAGGAUGACGUUGAAAUGUCACCAAAGGCCACUGCAUCGUAUGUUAGAAACCAAUUGGCCACUUCGAUAAGAUCACGUAAACCUUACCAAGUGAAUUGUUUAAUUGCUGGAUACGACACCAAAACAGAUAAGCCAUCGUUGAACUACAUCGACUAUUUGGGGACGCAGGUGGAGUUGCCAUAUGGAGCUCAUGGAUAUGCUGCUUUUUACACAAUGUCAUUGUUGGAUAAACACUACAGAAAGGAUAUGAAUGUCGAUGAUGGGUUGAGGUUGAUGGAUAUGUGUAUAAAGGAGUUACAAACAAGAAUGCCUAUUGACUUCAAAGGUGUAUAUAUAAAAGUGGUGGACAAGAAUGGUAUCAAGAAAAUAGAAUAA